CACACUCAAACCGACUUACAGUCAGCAACAACACCAAAUCAGUGCAGUACAAUAUUAAACACAUUCUUACUUAACAUUUUAGAGGUUAACCACAUCGUUUAUAAUAUCUAGUUAAUGUUUUUAACACGUACGUAGGCCUUGCCUACUUUACAACGCAGUGGAGCUUUCGAACCGAAUAAGAGGACAGCUGAAUUACGGCGAAUUACAAAUUACAUCGUUUACAAAUCAGUGUCAUCAGUCAUGGAGGGUCUCGCUCGUGCUAACAGUCUCUUCGCUCUGGAUCUCUAUCGGGCUCUGAGCGCGAGCAGCUCUGAGGGAAACAUGUUCUUUUCCCCGCUGAGUAUCAGCGCAGCGCUCAGUAUGGUCUACUUGGGAGCCCGAGGAGACACAGCUGAAGAAAUGGCAAAGGUUUUGUCCUUCAGUUCUGUCUCUGAUGUUCACUCUCAUUUUGAGAGCCUCACCUCAUCAAUCAACGGACCAUCAGCCUCCUACAUCCUCAGACUGGCUAACCGCCUCUACGGAGAGAAAACCUUCAGCUUCUUACCUGAGUAUUUGGACUCCACCCUGAAGCUGUACCACGCUGACCUUCAGGCUGUGGACUUCAUUGGAGCAUCUGAGGACUCACGACAGCUCAUUAACAAAUGGGUGGAGGAGCAGACUGAGAAUAAAAUCCAAAAUCUUCUCAAGCCAGGAACGGUGACUGGAAUGACCCGUCUAGUUCUGGUUAAUGCCAUCUACUUCAAAGGGAACUGGCUGCACAUAUUUGAAGCAAGACGCACUGAAGAAAUGCCAUUUAAAAUAAACCAGAAUGAGAGCCGGCCUGUGGAAAUGAUGUACCAGAAGAAAAAGUUCCUCUUCAGAUGCAUCCCAGAGUAUAAACUGCAGGUGCUGGAGUUACCAUAUAAACAGGAGCUCAGCAUGUUGAUCCUUCUUCCAAAUGAAACUCAGGAUGGCUCUGAUCCUCUUCUGAAGCUGGAGAGUGAAUUGACCCUUGACAAGCUGCUUGACUGGACCAAUACAGAUGAAAUGACCACAUGGAUGGAUAUCAGAGUCCAUUUGCCAAAGUUCAAGCUGGAGGUUGAGAGCUCCCUAUCAAAAAUACUGCAAGAGAUGGGUAUGAGCUCUGUGUUCCAGGAAACAAAGGCUGAUCUGGCUGGCAUGAGCAGUCAGGACGGCCUCUUCAUUUCAGCUGUGGUUCACAAGGCCUUUGUUGAAGUGAAUGAGGAAGGCACUGAGGCUGCAGCUGCCACUGGAUUCAUUUUGGGUUCCUGUGCCUCUAAACAAGAUCCCCAGAAUUUCACAGCUGAUCACCCCUUCAUUUUCUUUAUCAGGCACAACCCCACUAACAGCAUCCUCUUCCUUGGCAGAUUCAGAGGCCCAUUCUAGAAACGUGGUGUUUUUCUUUUUUCUUUUACACCCUAAUGAAGAAAUGCGUUUCACUGAAUGUUUUAUUAAAAUAAGUAAAUUAUACCAAA